ACGACCGUCGGUUGCAAUGAUUGCGCCUGCCUCGAGGAGACAGCGCCUUCGCCCGCCCCCUGAAAGAGUAUCUCUUGGCCGAAGGCCCAUUUUUGGGUUCCGUCACGGCCCCUCCCCCUUCCCCGCCUACGAAAUGAGCGCCGGCGCUGGGCACGCCCCUUGGGCUCGGCUCGGCCCCAGUCACUUCCGGUUCCGUUUGGCUAAGCGGCUUCCUGUUCUCCGAGCCGGCGUCGCCAUGUCGGAGCCACGACCUCUGCUGCGAAUUCUGUGCCUGGCCGGCUUUAGACAGAGCGAGCGGGGCUUCCGCGAGAAAACCGGGUCUCUGAGGAAGGCGCUGCGAGGCCGCGCGGAGCUUCUUUGCCUCAGCGGCCCGCACCCCAUCCCAGAGCCCGCCCCCGCACGUGGACCCGAUUCCCCGGAGGAAGAAUCUCGAGGAUGGUGGUUUUCAGAGCCUGAGGCGGCCGUGUUCUCUGCCCUAGAAGAGCCCGCAGAAUGCCGGGGCCUGGAGGAAGCCUUAGGGGCGGUGGAGCGAGCCAUGGCCAAGCACGGGCCCUUGGACGGACUCCUUGGUUUUAGUCAAGGGGCAGCGUUAGCAGCCUUAGUGUGCGCCUUGGGACAGGCUGGUGACUCCCGCUUCCCCCUCCCUCGAUUUGUCAUCUUGAUUUCUGGCUUCCGCCCACGAGGCCCCAGACUCUCCCCACCUUUGCUGCAGGCGCCCCUGUCGCUACCUUCACUGCAUGUGGUGGGAGAGACUGAUCGCGUCAUCCCUGCUCAGGAGAGUCUUGAGCUAGCGGGCUGCUUCCCCGGGGCAGUCACUCUCUCCCACCCGGGGGGCCACUUCAUUCCAGCUGCUGCUCCCCAGCGCCAGGCCUAUCUCAAGUUCCUGGACCAGUUUACAAAGUGAGAUUUCUGGAUUCCCUUGAUGCUCUGUCCCUUCAGCAGAGCAUUGAGGACCCUUGAAGCUCUCGCCAGCCGCUCUUACCAGCCACCUUCCUUGUCAUGGCUGCAGCUCCUGGCCAUCAUCAACCAACCAAGGGAAAUGUUGGUACCCUGGGGCUCAGACUAUGCACGUCCUCCAGAGAGGAGCAGCGCGGUGAACUCUCAUCAAGCCAAGGGAGAUUCCCCAGAGAAGAGAGCAAGCAGCCGGACACAAGAGGCACCAUGAAAUGGGCGGGCUGAUUCAUAGAGAGUUUAAGGCAGGUGUAUUGGGAUAAUAGUAGGCAGGAAACAGGAUGGAUUUGGAGAAGUGUUAAAACAUAUGGUGUUAAUUACCAUCCAAUAAAGCAUAUGUUUUGACAUUUGA